CUUGUGAACGGCCGGCCGGUCCAGCUGCACGCUCUCCUCUCUGCUGCUGCUGCCUCGGGGGGAAUUAAAUUAUUUCAAAACAACCACACAAGAGGAGGUGUACCGUUGGACACAGGGAGGCUGACCAGAGAGGAUGAGGACCGAGUUUUGGGACCCGCAGUAAGGGAAAGGAAGGAGGCGACAUGGCAGUGCAUGUUUUCAAAUGCCUGCGCCGGCCCGGGCGCUAGAACAGCCAACAGGCGUCUGUGGUUUGUGUGUUUGUGUGUGAGUGUGUGAGUGUGUAGGGCCGCCCAGUGUUUUGACAGGAGAGUUAUGGAAUAUGAGGAGCCCGACAUGCCCCCCGCUGACAACCCCAUCAAAAGAGGAGGAGCCGUGUCCAAGAAGACUCAUUUGACCCAGAUUGAAGUUAUCCCAUGUAAGAUCUGCGGUGAUAAGUCCUCUGGAGUUCAUUAUGGAGUCAUCACCUGUGAGGGCUGCAAGGGAUUUUUCCGGCGCAGCCAGCUGCCGACUGUAUCGUACUCCUGCUCCAGGCAGAACAACUGUCAGAUCGACCGGGCCAGCCGCAACCGCUGCCAACACUGCCGUCUGCAGAAAUGCUUGGCACAGGGCAUGAGCAGAGAUGCUGUGAAGUUCGGACGGAUGUCCAAACGCCAGCGUGACUCCCUGAUCGCCGAGGUGGAGAGGCACCGACAGCAGCAGCAGCAGCAGCAGCAGCAGCUUCAGGGAGACGCCCAGUCUCUCUUGUCCUUUCCCGCCAAGGCCCGUCAGGACCGCUCGCCACAGCUCCUCCAGCCCAUGGCCUCGGCCUACUCCUUCCCCGGGGACGCCGAGCUGCUGUCCUACACCGCUGAUGUUCACCCUUACCUGGUGUGCUCCCAGAACGAGUCGCAGGUGUCGGGCAUGAUCUACCGAACCUCCGGGGUGUCUCCCACAUCAAGAUCCCAGGGGAGGGGGGACAACAGCGGACAUCAUGACAUAAGAGGCUUUGACUCCAGACAGCCGUCGCAUGAUCUGGUGGCGAUUCAUUCCUACAACCCUCUGGAGGAUCCUUACAGCCUCUAUCCUCACUCUCUGAGAAACAUGGAUGAGCUGUGUGCCAGCAUUGUGCGCUCCCACAGAGAGACCAGCCAGUACAGAGUGGAGGAGCUACAGGCGCUCAAAUGGAAACUGCUCAGCAGAGAGGAGAUCCAAGCCUACCAGAGCAAAUCGGUGGAUGAAAUGUGGCAGCACUGCGCCAUCCGACUGACUGAUGCUGUGCAGUAUGUGGUGGAGUUUGCGAAACACAUCCCAGGCUUCCGUAUGCUCAGUCAGAACGACCAGAUUGCUCUCCUUAAGACUGGCUCCAUGGAGGUGGUUCUGGUGAGGAUGAGUCGCUUCUUCAACACAGAGAACAACACCGUCUUCUUUGAUGGGAAAUUUGCAGGAGUUGAAGUCUUUAAGUCUUUGGCAUGUGGUGAUUUAAUCACAGCGGUGUUUGACUUUGCUCACGGUAUGUGUGCUCUAAAACUCACCGAGCAGCAGAUCGCUCUCUUCAGUGCUCUGGUGCUGAUCAACACAGAUCGUCCAUGUCUGGAGGACAGAGGCAGAGUUCAGCGAGUGCAACGAAGCCUGGAGUUUGGACUCACACACAUUCUACACCGAGACAACCAAGAAAGUCUAAUGCAGAAGCUGUACCAGAGGAUGGCGGUGUUGCGUUCACUGUGCAGUCUGCACAUGGAGAAGCUGCGCUGGUUCAGUCAGCGUUACCCGCUCACCGCUCACUCUAUGUUCCCUCCGCUGUACAAGGAGCUGUUCGCCUCUGAGGCAGAGCUGCUGCCGGGGAUCACUCACUGAUGAUUUAUUAGAAUAUGCAAACACACACACACACACACACACAAACAUACACAAACACAUUAUUUUAAAUCUUGUUAUUUCUUCCUGACAGAAUCUAUUUUUCUAAUAAUGAAUAUAAAUGAGAAAAGCACAGUAAUCGUAGCGUGUUAAGUAUUACAUGAAUUCCAACAGAGUUUUUUGGUAGAUUGUGUCAAAUACAUAGAUUUCAAUAUUUUGAUAGCUUGAAAUUAUUUUUGAUUAUUCCAGGGAAACACAUUGUCAGUGGGGUACAGCAUUCAUUUUCUCUCAGGAUGUGCUGUUGUGAGUUACUGUGUGUCACAGUGUGUUUGGACAAAGAGAUUCAAAGAGGCAGGACACUGACUGUUGACAACUGAAAGUUAAAACGGUAAUCCACCCAGAAUUCAUAAAGUAUAAAAGUAUAAAGUAUAAAAAGUCACACAGAAUUCUACCAAGGUGAGACACAAAGAAAGAAUCAUCCAGUAAACAAACCAAGAAAUUUACUAGGAAUUUCACUCCAGUAUUACAUUGCUCUCAGAGGUGCUUAAAUUGAAAAAAGACCAACAGUAAAACACAGAAUAAUUAAAGCAAUAAGUUAUUUAAGUACACAAAAAUCUACAUAUAUACAAAUAGUGAGGAAAUGAGCUAUAGUGGAUCGUUGCUCUGAUGUAUUUAUGCAUAGUAUGUCAUUUUCUGUCGCUAGUGUGGUCUCUCAAUAAAAAAAAAACACCAAAAGAUGAAGGUGGGUGACAUCUUGAAGAAGCAACAUGUUCAGGUCUAGUCAUUUUAAUGCGGAAAGGUUAUACAUUAUGUCUUUAACGAAUGUGAAUAAUAAUCACGUGCAAAUCCAACAAUAGUGUUACAGAUGCUGACUCGGUUUUUAAUGAAAAAAUUAAUAUUACACAAUCCACAUCUGCAGUCAAAUCAUGUGCUCAAUAUGUCCCAACAGAGACUUGAGCAAUGGUGCAUAUUGGGAAGUUGAUGAUUUUUUUUUUCAUGCAUUUAACUGCGAUGUUGCAGAGUGACAACAAGUUGCUUUCAAACGAGCCAGAAGUUCUCUCAGUCUUUCAAGAGCCUGCAAAAUAGACUGCACCCACAUAUUACAUAUAUAUGUGAAGGUUAACAUAUUGCAUAACAAGUAUUCUCCACAAACCAUGAAAUAUUGGUGUGUGUUAAUUACAUAUUCUGGGUUAAACACACCCUCUGUGCAAGAGACAACCUGCCUCUUUGUGUCUGUUUGUCUGUAGAGAAAUGCCUCUCCUCAGGUUGAUGUUGUCACAGAUUGAUUAAAAAGUCCUACAAAGCAGAAGUACCUCUAAAUAAAAUAUUUUCCUUUGUGUUUAAAUAAAUCCUCACAGACUUUUAUAUCCUUUGAGCUUUGAAAAGAUGUUGCAUUAAAUGUAGAAAUUGAAAUAAGAAGUGAGAGAUACAGUAGAAAUCUCUUCCUGUGUGCAAACUUUUCCCUUUUUUUUCCAGAUUAACUUGCAUAUGUUUUGUUUUCUUUACAUAUCUUUGAAAAGAUCUUUUGUAAAGAGAAAAUGAUGAGAGGUUUCAGCAUUAAGUACUGUAUGUCCACAUGUAGUCCUCUCUGUUCCUGGAACAGCUGAGAUUAUAAUGAAGAUAAUUCCAUGUAAAUCUUCUAAUAAACUGCUGAAGCUGUGACACCAA